AUGCAGAGUCUGCUGCAGGGCCAAUCGCACCGGCAGGUGCUGCACCAGCACAUGCUUCUGAUUCUUUAUUCAUCCCUUCCCUCACCGCAUCUUGAUUUCAUGACGCCAUGUGAGCCAACUCAAAAGCUCCUGGAUGUGCGUCUGACUCUUCCCUCACCGCACACUGAUUCUGAGGAGGAGGAGGAGGAGGAGGAGGAGGAGGAGGAGGAGGAGGAGGAGGAGGAGGAGGAGGAGGAGGAGGAGGAGGAGGAGGAGCAGGAGCAGGAGCAGGAGCAGGAGGAGGAGGAGGAGGAGGAGGAGGAGGAGGAGGAGGAGGAGGAGGAGGAGGAGGAGGAGGAGGAGGAGGAGGAGGAGGAGGAGGAGGAGGAGGAGCAGGAGCAGGAGCAGGAGCAGGAGCAGGAGGAGGAGGAGGAGAAUAUCAUGAACAAUCAAUGA